GUGAUACCAGACCAGAAGACUGUCAUCUUGGUGGUGUCCACUUGCGGGCUGGGCGCAUAUAUCCGGCCAGCUGCAAGCAGACCCGGCUGAAGCUCCAGUCUCCAGAUCUGCCAUGGCUUGGGCUGGCAGGUUUGAAGUUCAGCGUUUUCGGCCUGGGCGACUCCACUUACUGCCAGUUCUGCGUGGCCGCUGCCGGCUUCUGCUGGGCGCCGGAUUUGCCGCUGGGCCAGGACAUUCCUGCGCGUUCUUAUCGCGUGAGUGCAUCACCAUGCGGCUUGGCAAAGCCACCAUCAGCGAUGUUGACAUCAUCACACCCGGUGCCAACAGACUCGCGCUACAACAUGCUGACAGGUGAUGGUAAGUACGAUCGUGACAUGCGGCAUUAUGAAUUCAAGAUUGAGGGCACUAAUGUUGCUCACAAGACAGGCGAGCGCCUUAAAGACAAGGCCCUGGUGUUCUGCUCGAUGGGUUUGCUGGAUUUCCUGCACCUUUACAUUGCACUCCAGCUGGUGCGUUUCGUCAUUUGGCUCCGAUGUUAG